UGCUUGCGUCAGCCGUGUGCGCCCCGAAGCACCCAGGCCAGCCGCAUGGCUGCGGGCUGUGCGGACUCGCCGCGGCCCAAGACGGCCUCCGAGAGGCCCGUGGCGAGUCAGGCCGCGGUUCUGCCGUGCCUGGAGCUGCCGAGCUAUGCCGCGGCGUGUGCGCUGGUGAGCAGCCGCUACUCCUGCCUGGUGGCCGCCCCGCACCGCAGGCACAUCGCCCUGUCGCCCCGCUACUUGAGCAGGAAGCGCACGGGCAUCCGCGAGCAGCUGGACGCCGAGCUCCUGCGCUACUCCGAGAGCCUUUUAGGUGUUCCUAUUGCAUAUGAUAACAUCAGAGUUGUGGGUGAACUGGGAGAUAUUUUUGAUGAUCAAGGUCACAUUCAUCUUAACAUUGAAGCAGAUUUUGUUAUUUUCUGUCCUGAACCAGGACAAAAGUUAAUGGGUACAGUUAAUAAGGUAUCUUCCAGCCAUAUUGGCUGUUUAGUACAUGGGUGUUUCAAUGCCUCUAUCCCUAAACCGGAGCAAAUGUCAUAUGAGGAGUGGCAGACAUUGGAGAUAAAUGUAGGCGAUGAGCUGGAAUUUGAUGUAUUUCGCUUAGAUUCAGAUUCUGCUGGAGUAUUCUGCAUUCGAGGAAAGCUAAACACCACAAGUUUGCAGCGUAAGAGCUCUGUAUUGUCUGAAGAUGUAGCAGAAACUGGCAGUGAAGAGGUUGUUGAAAAAAUUUCAAAGAAAAAAAAGAAGAAGAAGAAAGACACAGUCGAUAGUGUCACAGAACUAGCAGAUGUUACAGAUGUUACUCCAGUGGAAGAAACAGACCUACCAUGUAGUGACAAUGUGAAUGACUUCUUUGAAGAAGAGCCAAAGAAGAAGAAAAAGAAGAAGAAAAGACACCAGGAAGAUCAGGACCCCAUUUUCCAAGCCAGUGACUCCAGUGGCUACCAAAGUGACCAUAAAAAGAAAAAAAAGAAAAGGAAACACAGUGAAGAGGCUAGCCUUGAGUCACCUAAGAAGAUGCAGUGAUUGUCUUUUUGUUGUUAAUAUAUUUAGAUACCCUAGAUGAACAGAGAUUUUUGAAUGGUAGGAAAUGUUUAGAUAUUUGUUCACAAGCAAAUACUUGAUUAGUAAUUGAAGGGUUUUGUACUAAAAUCAUACAACUGACUUAAUUUUGGAUAGUACUAUUAUUACUGAAGUGUUAUUUUAUUACAAUUCAGUAUGAAAUGUUAACAAAUGCUUUCACUCCUGACUCAUGUUCAUGCUCUACAUAAAAUUUAAAUUCUCAGCAUUUGCCAAAGAACUUUAUAGUACUUACAAUUAUUUUUUUUUAUAAUAAUAACUUUUGCCCUUAGGAUGGAUAUAUAUAUAUAUUUAAAGCUCAAUAAAUUUACCCAUUUUAAGUUUCCCUUAAA